CGGUGUUCCUCCACCCAUUCAUCGCUGCUGCUUGUCAAACGUUUUGCAACAAGUCGGAUUUUCACACGAAGAUGUUGACUUAUGUCUUCACUAGUAUUUUGGCGGCUUUGCUGCCUCUUCUUUUCUAUCAGAGAAUAUAUUAUCCCUUUUUGUGGGUGGAUUUAAAGUAUUAUUUGAAACUCCGGAUGUACAGAAAGUCGUUGCAAGCUCGCAUGCAGCAAGGAAUCAUCACAUAUUUGGACUGCUUUCUCCUCCAGGCGAAUAGGAACCCGAACAAGCCCUUCAUUAUCUUUGAAAACCAGAUGCUAACGUAUCAAGAUGUGGACCUAAGAAGUAAUCAGUUCGCGAACGCAUUCAGGGAGGCACCAUUGAAACAAGGAAACAUUGUCGCUCUCUUGAUGUGCAACGAACCGGAUUUUAUUUGUGUGUGGCUGGGAUUGAGUAAACUGGGAUGUGAAGUCGCGUUUCUUAACACUAACAUCAAAGCCAAGUCUUUGCUUCACUGCAUUGAGAGUUGUGGAGCGAAGACCCUUGUUGUGGGCACAGGUUUGGAUCAUUUGGUGAAGGUAGUCCUGCCUGACCUGCAGAAAGACAACAUAAAUGUGUGGGUAGUACAUCACUCACCAGUGAGUGAGGGUUUCAUCAGUUUACUGGAUAAGGUAGAGAACAUGUCAACGGAAAACAAAUGUGGGCCACUCAAAGUCGACAUCAUGUCCAACUUCCUCUUCAUAUUUACAUCGGGAACCACAGGUUUCCCAAAGGCAGCACGUGUGGGUCAUCUUAAAGCCAUUAUGAGUAUGGCAUUCUUUCAGAUGUGCGGCGCUACAUCUGAUGACAUCAUCUAUAUCACGCUUCCUCUUUACCACAUGUCUGCUUCACUGUUAGGCAUUGGAGGAUGCAUACAGCUUGGUGCAACUUGUGUUUUAAAGAAGAAGUUUUCAGCCAGUCAGUUUUGGAAGGACUGUGUGAAAUACAAUGUGACAGUGGUGCAGUACAUUGGAGAGCUCUGUCGAUAUCUGGUCAACCAUACUGUGGUUCCAGAGGAGAACAGUCACAGAGUUUGGCUUGCAGCAGGCAGCGGGCUUCGAUCAGAUGUGUGGAAGGCAUUUGCCAAACGCUUUCGUACAAUCACCAUCAGAGAAGGUUAUGGUUUAACUGAGGCCAGCAUUGGCUUCCUUAACUAUACCGAUGAGGUUGGACCCAUUGGGAGAGCAAGCUAUUUCAACAAGCUUUCGGUACCAUUUGAACUCCUGAGAUAUGACACACAAACAUAUGAACCGUUCAGAACAUCGUCUGGAAGAUGUGUACGAGCACAGAUAGGUGAUGCCGGUAUCCUGGUUGCUCCUGUGACAGUUCUGAACCCGUUCUUGGGUUAUGCUGGAAAUAAGAUCCAGUCUGAGAAGAAGUUGAUCAAGGAUGUGUUUGUGAUGGGUGAUGUCUAUUUUAACACUGGAGACCUCCUGAUGCAGGACAACAGAAAUUUUCUUUACUUUCGUGACCGCAUCGGGGACACUUUCAGGUGGAAAGGAGAAAACGUGUCAACUAUGGAGGUUUCUGAGGUUUUAUGUUUUCUCAAUUUUAUUCAAGAGGCCAAUGUUUAUGGCGUCACAGUACCAGGGUAUGAAGGUCGAGUUGGCAUGGCUGCUAUUGUUUUAAAUCAGGGGCGCACAUUGCAUGGUCCAAAACUCUACGACCACUUGGUCGAAACCCUUCCUGCAUUUGCCUGGCCGUGGUUUCUCAGAAUCCAGACCUCUCUGGACGUGACUGAGACUUUUAAGCAGCAGAAGGGGAAGCUGGUCCAGGAAGGAUUUAACCCAGAAAUCACAAAGGAUCACCUGUAUUUCUUAGAUAUCACUCAGAAGGACUAUCUCCUCCUCAAUGUGUCUCUAUAUCAGGAUAUUGUACACGGAAAAAUCAAACUAUAGUAUCUGAGAGAAUUAUCUGACGAGUAAUAAGCAUCACAGAGCAACAGUAAUUAAUCAUUUAUAAAUAGGUAUAUAGCAAUUAGGGCAGUGUGUUAUUGAAAACCCUGCAAUAUGUGGUAUGGAUGUUGAAUAUUGCGAUGGACAUUAUUGCAAUAUUUAAUGUACCUUCAGAAAUGAGAUUUUUAUUAUGUAAUGAAAAAUAAUUUCAUGAGACAAAAUAACCAGGCUCAAUGUA